AUGGUGACUGGAUCAGCGACGCCGGGCGCACCUCCCCCGCCUGCAGGGCCACCGACACAGAAAGUGGGCGACGUAAUAUCGAGCUUCCGGCCAGCAAGACGCUUCAAGCCCGGCAGCUCAAGCACAUCCAUCACCUCUCUCGACUUUGAUGAUACAGGCGAGCUUGCCAUUGUAGCACGCGAUGACGACACCCUCCAGAUCUACAACUGCAAAGAGGGCAAGCACGCCAAAGAGCUCAAGUCGCAGAAGUAUGGCGUACACCUGGCGCGCUUCUCACAUCAUGCGCAGAGCAUCAUCUAUGCCAGUACCAAGGUCGAUGACACACUGCGCUUCCUGUCCACACACGACAACUCAUACAUCCGCUACUUCAAGGGCCACGAAGACACAGUGACUUCCAUAUCACUGUGUCCGUCGUCUGACACAUUCAUCUCCUGCUCAGCAGACAAUACAGUCCGUCUCUGGAACCUACAGUCACCGAACCACGUUGGUCGACUGAAUCUCCACAAACCUUACCUCGCUACCUACGACCCCUCUGCGACAGUCAUCGCAAUUGCCUCGGCAGCUACCCAGUCCAUACUGCUCUACGAUGUGCGCAACUACGACAAGCCACCCUUUGCAAGCUUCGACCUGCUCGAGCUCGAGCAACGAUUCCUCGGCGGACAGAAGGGCGAGUGGACCAAGAUCGAGUUUACCAACGACGGCAAGAGCUUGAUCAUCGCAACAAAUGGCAGCGGCCACUUCGUCCUCGACGCUUUCUCUGGCGACAUCACACACUUUUGCUACCGCAAAGGUGGAUCCUCAGGGCGGCUUACACCCGGCGCGUCGAGUCCAGGCCACAACUCUCACAAGUCGAAUGGCAACACUCCUGCUGUUAGUCAGGGAGAUAUAUGUAUCACACCAGACGGUCAGUACCUGGUUGGUGGCAGUGGCGAGGAUGGUCUUCUCGUGUGGGACAUCUCGAAACCACCGGCGCCGAACAAUGUACUGGAGCCCAUUGAGAAGCUGCCUGGACAUGGACGAGCGGCUGUUGUAGGCUACAACCCCAGGACGAACCUGUUGGCCAGUGCGGACCGCGAUCUGUACUUGUGGCAGCCAGAUCCGGACCUGAUGAUCUGA